CUUUUUAAAUCAUGAAAGUUUUUCGCCGGAACUACCCAUCUUUUACACUGCAGAUCCCUUGUUUACCAAAAACGACGUUUAAUUUUGGACAUUUUUUAUUUUAGAAACAUUUAUGAUGCUCUACGAAAUAUUGGUAGUGUUAGUCAUAGUGAGAGGAAGUCACUCUGUUUGCAUGGAUGAGAUCAAAGCUAACUACAGCCACUAUGAAACAUUAAGCAGAAUAAGCCUUCGAGGAUGUGAUCUAAAAGAGAUGCCGCCAGAACUAACGCUCCCAGAAUACAACCUCCCAAACAUGGAGGAGCUUGACUUGAGAGAUAAUAACAUACGAUCAAUCACCGAUGGGUUCUUCAGAAGGUUCGCUUCAUUGAAGAGGAUCAAUUUAAGUAACAACCCGGGGUUGAUAUUGACUGAGGAGACAUUCUCGGGGAUGGAGUACAAGCUGACCCAGUUGAGCCUGCAGAAGCUGGGAAUCACAAGCAUCGGGAGUAUCAUCAGCAAACUCUCUGAUCUGAACUACAUCACUGUCAUAGAUCUAUCGUACAACAAGAUCACAUCAUUGGGUCCUGAAGACGACACUCAAAUCGAUGGUUACUCUACAAUAAAUUUAGCAAUUGAUCUUACGGGGAAUCAGAUAUCAGAUAUAUCCAAUGAUUUCAUACGCCGUCUAACCAAUGAAAACUUCGCUCAAGUUACAUUAUUUUUGGCUGGAAAUAAACUGAAGAACUUGAAUUUUCUUAACCCGCCCUGCGAUUUUAGAAAUCUUGAAAUUCGCUUGGACGCUGAGAUCACUCCGUAUGACCCCAACCCAUUCUUCUGUGACUGUAAUUUGUAUAAUAUUACGAGGUUUAACGCGAUAAAGAUAGAUGGAGGGUAUUGCCAGGGUCCUGAGGCAUAUACUGGAUUACAGCUGGGGUUCUGGACGCCCCGCGAUGACCUGGCUUACCCAGAAGGUGGCGCGCAUUAUUUUAUGAAGGAGGCGCGUUCCCAGUGCGACGAUAUAACAAAGGAGGUAUCGCGUUACAACUGUGAUUGUGGAACUUGGGUUUCUUAUACUGCUGAUGAGGAAUACAGUCUCAAAUGCAGUAUGGGAGCUAUUAACCUCCCGUGUUGGAUGUAUAUGUUGUUGGGGGCAUUAGCAGCAUCUGUUGCAUUUAUAUAAAGCGACGCAGCAUUUGUAUGCAAUACGCAAGCAUUGGUCGUACAUUUAUAUUGUAUGUUAUCUCGUAAAAAACUGUGUACUUAGCUUGAGGAAUCAAAUUAAAAAUGACGCACAAAUUUGGCUUGACGUAAACCUUUGGUAUUAUUCAAAUAAUAACUUGCCUUUUAUUCGCGAAUGCAAUUAUACGCCUGUCGGCUCCCGGAUUAACUGUUUUAUUGGCAACUCAUUUAAAUAUGUAUAGUAGCUGCCACUAGUACUAUUCCAUUCAUAUUUAAAUGAGUUAAUCAUAAAAAAGUAGGUUAAUCCGGUAGCCGGUAGCCACUAUUUGCAUUCGCG